AUGCCGCUUGAAGAAAAGCAAGGUAUGAAUCCCUGCGACGGUAGCAAUCCAUGCCGCCGAUGCAACCAGGCGGAUCAGGUUUGCACUUUCACGGAACGUAAACGGCCGAAGGGCAGAGUUUAUCCCGACGGUUACGUCGAGAUAUUGGAGAGCAAAUGUCAAGUUCUUAUAGGAGGAUUGAUUGAAUUGAAUCGUCUCAGAAAGAAUCUUCCUCUUCCAAAAACCCAAGCUAUAACUGGUCUGGCCAGUGGCAAGCUCGCCAAUCAGAUAUUGAAGGAGAUAGGAAUCAAUACAACCCUUACGGACAGUGAUCUUGAGGAUGGAGAUGAUGGACUGGAACACGGAUAUUGCCAUGACGACGAGGAAUUGACGACUUCUGCUACUGGUUCACCUGAACCCACGAGCGACUGCUGGGAUAUGUUUUCUCAACAUCAGGGACAUUCAAGAUCUCAGCAACCACAAUGGAACCAAAAUCAUAUACGACCACGGGGACCGGAAGGAACUUCCGAUUACAACUUGACAAGUCGACCCAAUGCCGCUGAUGACCCCCCAUACUAUCAACAUCUCAGUCAGGAAUUACAAAUACCAAAUGAAACAAUCGGCACCAGUAUACUUCCGCCGUCACCUUCAACACUUGGUGAAUACAACUCAGCACGUUCCACUGCCGGUACUACAUACACUCCGGGUCAACUAAUACCCCACUACUACAACAGUGAUAUGGAAGUAUUUAUUGAUUUAAACGGUCUUACGUCAACCUCCGAAGGACAGAAUUAUUGUAUGGGACGUUACAGGUUUUAG